GUCUCAGUCAGUACAUUGCCGUUACUGUGGGAGGCUGUGCCUUUGUCCGGCAUCAUUUUAAAGGGUGAUCCGCUGUGUUUUAGUGUGCCCAUUAGGGCUAUGUUGAUUAUGAGUGGUGUUUAACACGAAUAGCAAUCAUGUUUCGGUGUAUCCCCCUCUUUAAGGGGUGUAACAGGCAUGUGGAGUAUGUGGAUAAGCGGCACUGCUCGCUGGGCAGUGUUCCUGACGACAUAAUGCGUUACGCCCGUAGUCUGGAGGAGGUGUUACUCGACGCCAACCAUAUUCGCGACCUCCCAAAGAACUUCUUCCGACUGCACAAACUGCGCCGUUUAGGCCUCAGUGACAAUGAGAUUUCGAGGCUUCCUCCAGACAUACAAAACUUUGAGAACCUCGUGGAAUUGGAUGUCUCCAGAAAUGGUGAGUGUUGUUUUAAUGUUUUAUAA